CAACCACCCUCGCGUCCACUACAGCUCUUCACCGCCGGCAGCCGUGCCGAAAACACCCUCGCCAUACUCACACCGCUAUGGCCUCCGUGGCCUCGCUCUCGAGGGUCCUGCCGAAACCCAAGUAUACUGGCGAAGAGGAGGAGGUCAAGGAGACGACAGGCCCGCGCAUAGUCGGCGCAUCCCAGCUCGACAGCCAGCUCGUGCUGAAGCGCACCGGCCCCCCAGCGUAUGGCCAACGACAGAAAUGGAGGCCCCGCAACAACGAGGACUUUGGUGAUGGCGGCGCGUUCCCCGAGAUUCCUGUCGCGCAGUAUCCUCUGGACAUGGGCCGGAAAGGCGGUGCCAGCACUUCGAACGCGCUUGCGCUGAAGGUGGAUGGCGAUGGGAAAGUCAAGUACGAUGAGAUCGCGCGGAGGGGGCAUUCCGAGUCGAGGAUCGUGCAGGCCAGCUUCAAAGAUCUCAUUCCCCUCCGUCAGCGGGCUGAUGCCGGGGAGCUGAACCUGGAUCGACCAGACGCAGAGAUGGUGCAGGCGACAAAGGAGAGGACUGAGAAGGCGCUUCAGGCUUUGGUCGCGGGUGCCAGCGCCGCCCAACGGCCGAAACAGGUUCAAGGCCGCAACAAGGCGGAACCAACCUUCGUUCGAUACACGCCCGCAAACCAGAUGGGAGACAACACCAAAAAACAGGACCGGAUACUGAAGAUUGUGCAGCGUCAACAAGAUCCGUUGGAGCCGCCGAAACACAAGAUCAAGAAGAUACCGAGAGGACCUCCUUCACCUCCACCACCCGUAAUGCACUCGCCGCCUCGCAAGCUCACAGCAGAGGAUCAGGAGGCUUGGAAGAUACCGCCGUCGCUGAGUAACUGGAAGAAUCCCAAGGGUUACACCAUACCGCUGGACAAGCGAUUGGCAGCAGAUGGGCGAGGCUUGCAAGAUGUCACCAUAAACGACAAGUUUGCUAGUUUCGCAGAGGCGCUAUUCACCGCGGAUCGCCACGCCCGCGAGGAGGUGAAACAGCGAGCGUUGAUGCAGCAGAAGCUCGCGGAAAAGGAGAAACUACAAAAGGAAGAGCACCUCCGCACGCUUGCCCAGAGAGCUCGCGAGGAGCACAGGGGUGGAGAGCGCCGGAAAUCUCAUGGGAACCGUUCAGCUCGAGGGAGCCGGAGCUCAUCGCCGUAUUCGUCCGCUUCCGCGAGUGAAGACGAAGAUGCCGUCAGGGAGAGGGAACAAAUGAGGCAAGAGAGGAAAAGAGAGGCUGAGCGCGAGCUGCGAAAGUCUCGCAUGGGCACCGAACGACGUAUCCAGAUGAUGGCUCGGGAGCAGAAUCGCGAUAUCUCAGAGAAGGUGGCAUUAGGGCUUGCUAAGCCUACACAGAGUGGAGAGUCUAUGUAUGACUCGCGCCUGUUUAAUCAGACGAGUGGUUUCAACACUGGCUUCAACGAGGAUCAGCACUACGACAAGCCCCUUUUCGCGGCCCAGGACGCCAUCAGCAGCAUAUAUCGCCCAAGUGUACAGCAAGACGAUGACGAGGAUAACGGCGAAACAUAUGAGAAGAUCACCAAGGCGAGCAGAUUCGAAGUGCUAGGAAAAGCAAAGGAGGGGUUCAAGGGCACAGAAGAUGCAGAGGCACGCGAGGGCCCGGUGCAGUUCGAGAAGGAUACGGAUGAUCCAUUCAAUAUCAAUGAGAUGAUCUCAGAGGUUACAGGUGGUGCUGUGGGAGGGACGAAAAGGUACGGCAUUCAGGAGCAGGAAGAAGAAGAAGGGAGGGCUUCAAAACGGGCGAGGAUGGACGAUGAUGAGGAGCGGUAAUGCUGAGGAUUCGACUUGGUCCACAAUGUUCACUCAGCUUCAGCGAUUACUUGCGGUGCGGGCUGGAGGUCGGCCUGUUAGCCACAUCGUCUGGCUCCAAGUGCAUGGGUGUGAGCAUUCAUACUAUAAUAAUAGGAAAUCAGUGGACACCAUUUAAGACGCCGGAUCUGUCAGUUCGAGUUUGGAGCAUUUUGAAAUGGUAGAUUGCCAGACUCUGUCUCAGCUGUCUACCGUCUCAGCUGUUCAGAAAGGGUAUCAUGUCUACUCGCCAGAAUGAAAAUACGCUCUCGUGUUCGUUCACAGAGCUCCUCUGUUAGUACAUCAGCCUCAGGCCGCUUAAGCUAUUAGGAGCAAAUUCCCACGAAGGGAAGCCCCUUCCUGCUC